UUCAUUACUCUUUUUUAAGUGGUGUUCGUAAUCAGAUGUAUACGUACAAUUGCGUUUGUAUACAUUCAAUUCUUUUAAUUAAAAAGAAACAAGCAUACGACGCCGCUAGGCGUCUAUGCUCGUAGUUUGAGAACGCCAUCAGUCAGGAGACGGACGAAAGCCACACCAGAUUAUUUCAUAGAGAAAGAGAGAAAAAAAAGUGAGAGAGAGAGCGAGAGAGAGAGAGCGAGAGCGAGAGAGAGGAAGAGCGAGAGAGCGAGAGAGCGACGGAAAAAGGAAAGACAGUCAACGCGAGAAGGACGAAGGUAAAGAUACUGAUAAGGGUAGGUUAUCCGAGCUUCAACGAGAUAUAUGCAUUAUAUUAAAGGCAAAAUCGAAAAGAUCUCACAAAAAAAAAACAGAAAAGGAAAUUAGUAUAAAAGGAGAAGUGGGGAAGAGCGAAAAAAGAGAUAUAGAAAAAGAAAAAAGAUAAGCCAAACGAGUCAGAGAAGAGGGUGUGCGUGAUAAAAAAUUUUUUCAAAUAAUUAAGUUUUUUCUUACAAAUGGCGCCGUCUUCCACUCGGCGUCAUGCGGAGGUUAAACGAAUUUUUCAAUUUAUUAUUUUAAUUUCUACAGUCUUUUUUUCUGAAGUAGUAUUAAUAACGUUAAUAUUUCAACUGCAACUUCUACUAUAAAUCAUCUAAACAGGCUGUCACAAUACGGCAGUCGUUGCGAGUGGUUGAAGGAUGAAAAAUUCUUAAAAGACCUGGAGGACGACAGCGUGGAUUCGGAACUUUUAGACGAAGAGUUACGUUCGUUACAAGAUGACGAGCCUAAAACAUGGCGAGGAAAGUUGGUAAAGUUACUCGAAAGCAAUCCGCUACAAAUUCUUCUCUGCGUAUUAGUUCUAAUUGACGCCGGAGUCGUGAUUGCCGAGAUCCUUCUCGACCUGCACGCCAUACGAGGUAAGAUAGAUAGUCACAUAGAUAGGCAGAUAAAGAAUGAAGAAGGAAAGAAUAGAAUAGAAAAACAGUAAAACGGAAAAGGGAAGCGGGACUUUUGGGAAAAAGAGAAACGGGAAGGAAAAUAUUAAAAUUAUGAAUCGUAAAAACAUAUGAACAAAUAGAAUUAGAACGGAAUGAAAUGAAACGAUUCUGAAGGCAACAAAAAGUUUAAAAUAGAUUUUGACGCAAAAUAGACCUAAAAAAAAAAUAAUGUGUACAGUAAAGAAUUGGGAGACGUAGUGCUAACUUGACUCCUUGGGGAAGUGAACGGCGAUAAACUGCCCUCAAUCAGUCGGGUUCGCUCUCCUCUUCCACCUUUCUUCAGAAAAGCUUGCAGGUGCGCGCCGAAUCUUAUCGAUUUGCCACUUUGAUCGUUUGCAGUCGUCUUGCCCGCAAUUUCCGUACGCAAAUGGCAGGACGAACGCCAGUGGCGAAUUUUUACUGUGUCCUUUUUUUCUUGCCACUCUCCCUCCAGUCUCUUCCCGUUAUCCUUUCGCUAUAUUUUAGUUUUAUGCACCCAAAUUAUACGCUUGACGGAGGGAAAAAAAUCUUUUUCGCGCUAUGUAAUAAAGCGGACAAUAUCCUUAUCCUACGAAACGUAUUAGGACAGUACGAAGAAACGCAAUCUCAUCUCGACAACGUGCUCGGAUUCAUUCGAGUCGCUCACGCGGAAGAAUUGCGAGGCUAUGAAGGUUCGAACGUCGAUCACAUUCUCAGCCUACUUUCCAUGCCUGAUAAUUCGCCAAACGUCAGUUCGGCUUCUAUGCAAAUGAGGCGAUUGUGCGAAUACAGCCAGAAGUCGGAAUCCGUAACAACCAAUGGCGAGGAGUCGUCAUCGCCUUCUGCUACUUCCUCUUCGACGCCGCCACCAUAUUUAUCUGAGCAAGGAGUCGGUGGAGGAUUUUCGAAUGACAGUCAUUAUUUAUCAAACGAACCAGUCAGCCAUACGUAUUCGAAAUCGAAAUUUCUACUCAAGAUUGCUCACAGCCUGCAUUUCUGCAGUAUUACUAUACUUGGCAUUUUUGUUAUCCAGGUCUUGCUCAAAGUGAUUGGAAUGGGUCUAGAAUUUUUCAAGCACAAAAUGGAGAUAUUUGAUGCUGUGAUAAUAGUAGCGUCGUUUGCUUUAGAUUUAGUAUUUCUGAAAGGAAUCGGAGAGGUUCAAGGCGAAGAGGCGGCAGCCUUACUUAUAGUCUUCCUUCUCUGGCGGAUCUUGAGAGUAAUUAACGGAAUUAUGGUUACUGCAAAACAACGACAGGAAUUUCGUAUCAAGCUACAGAAGAGGGCAAGACGGCGCGCUGAGAAGAAAAUCGAGUUAUUGGAAGAUGAGAAACACUUGAAAGACAAAGAAAUACACGCUUUGAAAUUCCUUUGCCAACAAUCCGGAGCAAGCGAGGAAGAUAUAGCGGCAUGUCGGCCUAGACGACAACCUCAACGAUUAGAUACGUCUACUGGAUUGACAUCCGUUGCUUCCCUAUCGCUUUCUCUAUCCAUGAGUAUGUCGGCUGGACUACUGAACAAUAUAGCACGAAGUCACCCAAUGCUCAAUAGGCGGGAAUCACUUAUGGACGCCUCUUCCUCGUCAUCAUCAAGCAGUACUGGUCGUAUGAGGCGCUCUGAUGCUAAUAAUUCUAGAUCUCCUCGUUUACGGUCUUCUAGCUCACCUCGUCUGGCUCGUUCUUUGACACCUGAUCCGCCUUCUCGAAAGCCUUUCACCGACUUCUCCGCUUUAAAUCCUCUACUACAAUUAAGACAAGAACGAGCAGCUGAUGGCCUAGCACCAACGCCAUCGCUCAACGUUACGAAUGCGGGAAAUUCCGAAAAGCAAUUGACUGAUAUUCACGUCAUAGAGGAGGUAUCGGAAGUAUCUGAAGAGACGGACACGGAGAGUGUUUGUUCACCAGUUAUUGCUCCACUAGUCAAGCUUUGCCCUCCUCCACCUCCGCCCCCUCCGGAACCGCUUCCUCCUCAUCUCGCUUAUCCUUUGAACGAGUCUGCAGACGCCGCUGCACGGGCGCUGGCCGCACGCGAUAGCGACACUUCUAAUCCUCCAGAUUCCGAUAAACAAUCAAACCAUCAGCAGGUAUACGACCUUCAGCAUUUUAAAUCCUAUAACGAUUACAUCUAUUGAGCCAACACACAGAUCAUACAGACAACGAAGCUUUGAACCAUUCCUAUAAAUAAUAACAAAAACAAAUUCUAAUCGCAAUCAAGUUAACUCUAAUAAUUUUAACUAACUGAUCGUUGCGUAUUCAAAUUAGCAAUAUACCUUUUUCUAUCUAGAUAAAGUCUGUAUAACGUUUGCUUUAUAUAUUCUUUAUACAUAUACCUGUAGAUAAACAUUUAUAUGUAUGUAUAUAUGUAUACAUAUAAACAUACACAUAUUCAUAUAUAUAUAUAUAUAUAUAUAUGUAUGUAUGUAUAUUUAUAUCUAUAUUCUCUAUACCUGCAUAUAUAUUUACCUUCGUAUAUAUCCAAUUAACCUAUCGAUAGAGUGUUACAUGUAACUGCAGUGACAGGGUAAAAACAGGGUAAAGCGUAAAGGAUUUUUUUUACAAAAUAUUUUAUGCAAACUAUCCCUGAAAGCCCAGUCCUUCAUGAAAUUAUCUAGUGCUUUUGUAAAUAUUCUUAUUUAUAUAUAUAACUCUGAAAUUAUAAAUGUACAUAGAUUACGCAUUUAUUGAUAUAUAUAUAUAUAUAUUAUAUAUAUAUAUAUAUAUAUAAAUACUCUAUAUAUAUUUGGAAAAUUAUAUAUGCACAUAUACACACUUUCUUAUGAAAUAUUGCUUAUUUUACUAAUUAUUAGAGUUUUUAAGUUAAAUGUAGAUCGGGUAUUGGAUUGUUUUACGUAAAUUUAAUUGUAUAAAAAAAAAAGAAGAGAGAGUGAGAGAGAAACGGCCCAAACAGCUUUUUCCCGUAUUAUUCGAUUAAAUUCGGUAAUAAUGUAUUUAUAGGUAGAAAGGAGGGUCUGUGUUUUUUUUUGGUGUAUAUAGCAUAUUUAAUCAAUCUGAAACGGGGGCCAAGUACACAAUUAUUUAGAUUAUAAUGUGAUUUAGAGUUGAUAAAUAAAAUCAUUGCAGUUGAUUUACAGCAAUGGAAAAAUUGAUUAUCUAUUGGGUAGCUCCUAAGCCUGUGACCACUUUUAAACCUGUAAUAGUAGUUAUUUUCCUAAAUGCCCCUUAACGAAGACAAAGGAAAUAAGAACAAAUUUUUUCUGCACCUAAGAAUAAAAAAGAUAUAUCGAUAGGCAGCAAAAUGACUGCACUUCUCCAAAGGUCUAGGGAUAAUACUUUCUCUCAUUUCGAACGCAAAAUAUUACAUUAUUAUUAAAAUAAUAUUAAAUAAAUGAAAGCCGCCAUAUAAAGGAUUCUUUUCAAUUCUUAAAUUGAGGAAGGCUGUUCGUAGUCGAAUUCAAUAAAAGAGCACAACGAUGAAUGAGUUUAGAGUUUCAGGUGUUGUUUGUUCUCUAGUACAUAUUCAAUUUAGAAGUAGACUCUUCAUCAUAAAUUUUUGUUAGAAUGUUACUGGAAGUUGGUCUUGUCAAAAAAAUUAAGAAGAAAAUUGUAAUAUGAUUCAAGUUAAACCUCUAGAGUAUAUUCCAAUGAUAGCUUGGAGUAUCUCCGAAAGCUACUAUAGUUCAGUAAAAAAUAAUAGGUUUUUUUU